ACCGAGUAUAUAUUAUCCAUAUAUUAUCACACCUCCCAAAUCUCCAUUAUAUUAUAUCCCUUCCACCAUACACUACAAAUUAAAUUAAACAUGUUGUAAUGAUAAUAUUAAACAAUAUGGCUCUUCUUCACCAAGCAACAACUUUCCUCAUCCUCCUCUUCCUAUUCUCCUCGUCUCAUGCAACCUUAGACGGAGACUAUGAUAAACAGUCCGAGUUCUUCGCUCUGAUGAACGAAUCCCUCACCGGAGACAGCAUGAUGCAUUGGUGGCGGGGUGGCAAGACCGCCGCCGUGUGUGACUACGGGGGAGUUGGCUGCGACGGAAAAGGGCGCGUCGUGGAACUCGACGUCUCCGAUUGGUCGUUGUCCGGCGAACUCCCCGACGAUCCGUGCUCUUAUCUACCGGAGUUGAGAAUCCUCCGGCUCGGCCGCAACGACUUCCGGGGAGAGUUCAUCCCGAGCAUCGCCAACUGCUCUUUCUUGGAAGAGCUCAACGUGAGCGGAGCGUAUCUCCGAGGGCCGUUGCCCGACUUCUCGCGUCUUCGGGCUCUGAGGUCGCUCGACCUCUCCUACAAUCUCUUUGGGGGUGAUUUCCCCGUGUCCUCGGUCAUGAACCUCAGUAAUCUAGAGUUCUUGAACAUCAACGAGAACACGGGGUUCAACCCGUGGGAAAUGCCUGAGAGCAUUUCCCAGCUGAGGAAACUCAGGCAUGCGAUUCUCACGAGCUGCAUGUUGGGAGGAAGAAUCCCCUCGGAGAUUGCGAACCUCACGUCCCUCGUGGAUCUUGAAUUGAGCGGGAACUCCCUCGUGGGAAGUAUACCCCCCGAGCUCGGAAACCUGAAAAGCUUGGAGCUUCUCGAGCUUUACUACAACCAGCUCGAGGGCGAUAUACCUGAGGCGCUUGGGAACCUCACUCGACUCCAGGAUUUAGAUUUGUCCGUCAACGCGUUAACGGGGAAAAUCCCAGAUUCGGUAUGCUUGCUUCCGAGACUAGAGUCUCUACAAGUUUACAAUAACUCUCUCUCGGGAGACUUCCCGAUUUCUCUCGCGAACUCUACCACUUUGAGAAUCUUGUCCCUUUACACCAACCGCUUGACGGGUGUCGUGCCUCAGCACUUCGGGGCAUUUUCUGCCCUCGGAGCCCUAGACUUGUCGGAGAAUGAAAUCUCGGGAGAGUUACCCCCGCAGUUGUGUUCGCGGGGGAAGUUGAAAUACAUCCUCCUACUCCAGAACAAGUUCUCUGGAACUAUUCCAGAGAGCUACGGAGGAUGUUGGACGCUUGUCCGGUUCAGAGUCAAUAACAACCAUUUGGUUGGAGAGAUACCGGAAGGGAUACUCGGCCUUCCACAGGCUUCCAUCGUCGAUGUGAGUUACAAUCACUUGACAGGUCCAAUCUCGAGAACGAUUGCAAAUGCUAAGAACCUGUCACAACUAUUGCUCCAAGGUAACAACAUUUCGGGCACGCUAGUGCCCGAAAUUGGAGGAGCAAUCAAUCUCGUGAAGAUUGAUUUGAGCAACAACCGCUUGUCAGGGCCAAUACCCCGAGAAAUCGGGAACCUCAAAAGGCUCAACGUGUUGUUUCUACAAGGAAACGAGCUCAACUCUUCCAUUCCUGACUCGCUAUCUUCGCUUCCUACACUAAACGAUCUCGACCUCUCUCGCAAUCUUCUGACCGGAGAAAUCCCCGCGAGCCUCGUCCGACUACUACCAAACACCAUGAACUUCUCAAACAACAUGCUCUCGGGUCCUAUACCGAUCCCCUUCGUAAAGAGCGGGUUGCGCGAGAGCUUCUCGGGAAACCCUUCUCUAUGCCUUCUAGAGCCCUUUUUAAACUCAUCAUACACGAACCUCUCGCUCUGCGCAAAUGCCCGUCAUCUAGCCAAAAGGAAGAGGACAAUCGCGCUCUUUUGGAUCGUCGGGGUUUCUGCAAUGAUUACCCUGCUCGGAACCGUCUUGCUCGUGAAGCAAUGGCGGGAAAACCGAAAGGAGAGGGGCACGCAAUCGGAAACCUUAUACGAAGUCAAGAGCUUCCACCGGGUGAGCUUCGAACCACGAGAAAUCUUCGAAGGCAUGGUGGAUAAGAACAUAGUGGGCCACGGAGGGUCCGGGACCGUCUACAGGGUCGAAAUGAGCACGGGAGAGGCAGUCGCAGUGAAGAAGGUGUGGAACCACAGGGGAAAAAGUCAUUGUCGGGAGAAACAGGAGGACAAAGAGGUCGAGACGCUAGGAAACAUCAGGCACAAGAACAUCGUGAAGCUAUAUUGCUACUACACGAGUCGGAAGUCGAGGUUGUUGGUCUAUGAGUACAUGAGGAAUGGGAAUCUGUGGGAUGCCCUUCACAGGGGAAAGAUCCUCAUCCAAUGGCCGACGCGUUACGGGAUCGCCCUCGGCGUGGCGCAGGGCCUCGCCUACCUCCACCACCAACUUCUCCGGCCGAUCAUCCACCGGGACAUAAAAUCAACAAACAUUCUUCUUGAUGGUGAUUACCUUCCCAAAGUUGCAGACUUUGGGAUUGCCAAAGUUUUGCAGGCAAGAGGAGGGAGAGAUUCGUCCUCCACAACUCUUAUUGCAGGAACAUAUGGUUACUUGGCCCCAGAAUGUGCAUAUUCUUCAAAGGCAAGCACCAAGUGCGACGUGUACAGCUUCGGUGUCGUUUUGUUGGAGCUCGUAACGGGAAAGGAAGCGGUGGAUAUAGAAUUCGGAGAGAACAAGAACAUAGUGCAAUGGAUUUCGACCAAGGUGGGAACCAAAGAAGAGGCCUUUGAGGUUCUGGACAGGCGUGUGGCGGGCGCCUUUGGGGAGGACAUGAUGAAGGUCCUCCGGGUCGCCGUACAUUGCACGCGUAGGACGCCUGCCCUACGCCCGACCAUGAACGACGUCGUCCAACAGCUCGUCGAGGCGGAUCCCUGCAAGUUCCAUUGUUGCCACUUCCCAAAUAAGAGCAAAGACUUGGAAGAUUGUCAUCCAGCCAAAGGAUAUGGUGUGUGUGAUGGCGUGUAAUGGCCUCAUGGGGAGAGUUUUUUUUGGAAGUAUGCAAUGAUAGCCUUACUUGAAUUCAAAAAUAAGUUCCAUUUUUCAUGUUAUCCUUUUGUGUUUGAUAUGGACAAAAGAACUCUCACUCUGUUUGAGAUGAUGGAUGUAUAUAUAUAUUUAUAUAUUAUCAGACAAUUGAAACCAAAAAAUUUUAUCUUAGAAGAAAAAAAGAGGGUUAUUUAG